UCCGCGCCCCUCUUCUUCCCCCUGGCAGGGUUGAGAGCAAGAGGGUGCAGGAUGUAGGCCUACAGAAUUGUCAGACUCCGUGGCGGCUUCUGCCACUGGAAGAAUUUCCAACAUAAAACAGGUGAUCCGUUUGGGACGAUAGAUUCUGCGACCAGAGGUUGUGUCAUUUGGUUACUUUUAAAAUUUAGAUUGUCUGGUGUUUUCCGUUCGCUCGCGACUGUAAUUUGAUGUUGGGUUCUGAGAUAAUGCAAUCACUGUCGUUCGGGUUUAUAACGUUGUCCAAGAUCUGCCCAGUCCCAGAUGGUCUGGGUCCUCAGGGCCGCUGUGGUCUGCGCCCUUCUCCUGCAGAUGGAUGCCCGCCCGUCCUGGACUGGGAUCCUUUUGGGUUCACACUCGCUUAGGUAUUUCUACACCGCUGUGUCCCGGCCUGGCCUCGGGGAGCCCUGGUUCAUAAUCGUUGGCUACGUGGACGACAUGCAGGUCCUGCGAUUCAGCAGCAAGGAGGAGACUCCGAGGAUGGCACCCUGGCUGGAGCAGGAGGGGGCAGAUUACUGGGAGCAGCAGACUUAUAUAGUCAGGACUCAAGGACAGCUGUCUGAAAGUAAUCUGAUGACCCUGGCUCGUUUUUACAACAAGAGCGUGGACGACUCUCACACACUACAGUGGCUGCAGGGCUGCGAUGUGGAGCCAGAUAGGCACCUGUGUCUCUGGUACAACCAGCUCGCCUAUGAUAGCGUGGAUUUCCCCACCCUGAACCAAGACCCGAGUUCCUGUACAGUGGGGAACAACACUGUACCUCAGAUCUCUCGGCACCUGAAGGGCCACUGCUCAGACCUGCUGCAGAAAUACCUGGAAAAAGGGAAGGAGAGGCUGCUGCGUUCAGACCCUCCAAAGACACAUGUGACCCAUCACCCCAGAUCUGAAGGUGAAGUCACCCUGAGGUGCUGGGCCCUGGGCUUCUACCCUGCUGACAUCACCCUGACCUGGCAGUUGAAUGGGGAGGGGCUGCCUGAGCCCCUCACCCUGAGAUGGGAGCCCGCAUGGUACCAAAAGCCUUGCAUUCAGAUUGUUGCCAUGGUUUUUUUCAUUUUGUUCAUCAUUUGUCUCUGUGUGGUUUGCAUAUGCACGAAGAAGAAUGCAGGUGGGAGAGGAAGGCGUGACACCCAGGAAGCAGGCAGAGACAGUCCCCAAGACGCUAGCAAUACUGUCAAGGAUGAUGAGGUAAAACAUGGGCACACUGCGGAGUCCAUCCGAGGACCAACAAUCCACCUAAGAACUGAAAACUGGAAAUCUCAGGUUCUUAUGGACCAGCUGAACUAUCUGCCAUCUGACUUACACUGUGGCAGGCAUUAG